AUUUACAUUCAUGAAUCAGACUCCUUCAACAAUUGAUAUUUCUGAAAUACUCUAAGAUGAAGAACAACAAUACCAAUCCUAUAUAAGACAGGAAAGCACCAUGGAAAAGAAACUGUAGUACUCAAUUUCAGCUAAUAAUCAAAUAAAGGGGAAUCAUUAAUAGGAUAUAUAUAACAAAGAAGGCUGGCUGAUGAAAAAGAGUCCCAAGUUACUUGUAGGCUGGCAAGUAAGAUUUGAAUUUUAUGAUUAAAUCUUUAGAAACGAUACGUGAAGAUUCAGGAUGGAAAAAUGUAAUAUUAUAAGGGCUUAGACAAAUUCAAGGGAUGCGUUGACUUUCAUUUGAUUUCAGUUACAAUAACUCCCAUCGUGAAGAACAACGAAAUCCAUGAAAUACGGUAAUGGCAUACAUUCUAUAAGUGAAACAGACUGGAACUGAAAGGAAUUAAAAAGAUAUUUUAAUUUAAGAGUCCGGAACGCAACGACUUAGAGGAUUGGUAUCGUUGUAUUUAGUAACACAUUCUAAUGACUUAAUUCUAUCCUAAAAUUACGCCUUUGAAUCACGAAUCCAUGUGGAGAUUCGAGAGAAUAUCUGAAACAUAUUUCAGGAAGAAGGCUGACACUGGUGACAUUCUAUUGUUUAGGUAAGCAUUCGAGCUAAACCAAUUUAGAGGUCAGUCUCCAUUAAGCAAAAUCCAAAGAGCAUUCACUGGGGACAAUUUCGAUCACGUAGCCUUAUUACUCCGAUACAACAAUGGAGAAUUGUUUUUAUUUGAAUCCAUGGGAUAAACAGUAACAAUCAAUUUAGAAGAUCUAGGGUGUUAAUCUGUUGAGUUGGGAUACAUUUAUGAGGAACAAUUGGCACACCUUGUAUUAACAAAUGGUAUAUAGAUAAUUAGAAGUAAAUAGAUCAAAUGAAUUUCUUGAAAAACUAGAAUAAUUUGUUAAGGUUUGCCAUUUAUUUAUAAUAAAUAGGGAUCAAUCGGCAAAAGAUAUCAAAUGUCUCCCAGUAAAUUGAUUAAACGAUUUACAAAAUCAAAUGAAUCUAUCGAUGACCUGGAAAAGGAAGAUAAGACCUUCUUUUGUUCUGAACUUAUAGCAGCAGCGUAAUAUCUUGUGUGAAUUUAGUUAUAAGAAGAUGGGGAUGAUUGAUGCAAACAGAUGCGCUGCGUCUUAUUGGCCAGGUAUUUUUGCAUAAAAUUCUAAACUCCAAUUAACAAAGGGAUAUCUAAAGCAAGAACUACUCAUAGAUUUUUCUUUAGUUUGA